CCGCCCCGGCGGUUGCCGGGCGGCGGGCGGCGGGCGAUGACGCGCGAUGACGCGGCGGGCGGACGAUGGGGCAGGCGCUGUGCGUCUGCUCGCGCGGCACCGUCAGCCUUGGGGGCGCGCGCUACCUGCUGCUCCACCGCCUCGCCGAGGGGGGCUUCAGCUACGUGGACCUGGUGGAGGGGCUGCGGGACGGGCGCUUCUACGCCCUGAAGCGCAUCCUGUGCCACGACAAGGAGGACCGGCGGGCCGCCCUGCGCGAGGCGGAGAUGCACGGCCUCUUCGAGCACCCCAACAUCCUGCGCCUCGAGGCGCACUGCCUGGUGGAGAAGGGCGCCAAGCACGAGGCCUGGCUCCUCCUGCCCUACGUGCAGGGAGGGACGCUGUGGAGCGAAGUGGAGGCGCUGCGGGGCAGAGGGGCCUCCAUGCCAGAGCGGCGCAUCCUCCGCAUCCUGCGCGGCAUCUGCCGUGGGCUGCAGGCCAUCCACGGCAAGGGCUACGCUCACAGGGACCUCAAACCCACCAACGUGCUGCUGGAUGAGGACGACCGGGCCGUGCUGAUGGACCUGGGCUCCAUGAACCAGGCCCGCAUCGAGGUCACCAGCUCGCGGGAGGCCAUGGCCGUGCAGGACUGGGCCGCCCAGCGCUGCACCAUCUCCUACCGGGCGCCCGAGCUCUUUGCGGUGCAGAGCCAGUGCGUCAUAGACGAGCGCACCGAUAUCUGGUCCCUAGGCUGCGUGCUGUACUGCAUGAUGUUCGGCGAGGGCCCCUUCGACGCGGUCUUCCAGAGGGGCGACAGCGUGGCCCUGGCAGUGCAGAACCCCGUCGCCGUGCCCCCCGACUGCAGGUAUUCAGCCGCCCUGCGCCGCCUGCUCUCCUCCCUGCUCACCGUGGACCCCCAGGAGCGGCCCCGCAUAACCAACGUCCUUGACCGCCUGGAGGGGCUGGAGCCGACGCCGGCGGGCCAGGACACCACGCAGAUCUGAGCACGUCACCCUGCCGCGGCAGAGGCGGGAAUGCGGCAGCACUCACCACGGCGGCCCUGGGAGCUGUUUGGAGAGGGAUUUUUGCGCUCGGCGUGGAGGUUUGCUCCGGUGCUGGAGGUGCAGUGCAGGUGGAGUGUCGCCGCUGGCGUUCGGGGCCGGGCCGCCGCGUGCCCUGGACCUGUGCGCACCAGGGUGAAGCCCCGGGGCCGGGUACGCGCGAGCGGCUGCUCACCGCCGGGCUGUGGCCCCAGGAGGGUCGCUCCCGGCUGGCGCAGCCGCGUGCCCCGCAGCGCGGGCGGGCAAAGCUGCCCUCCGGGGCCCGACUUUCCGCUGGAAGAAGGCGCGGGGCAGGCGUGAGCCGCAUCCCGCUCCCAGCUCUGACGUUGCCUUGUGUUUUGAUUAAAGGAUGCUCUUGUGGA